CGUAUCAUGAAAGCGCGGGUUGCUCCAUCGUCGCCACUGAGGGCUCUCCAGAGAGCUGGCCACCUCGAGGCACCCCUUGCUUCCUCUGAUGAGGGUGUCCUCCCCGCCGUCGCAGACAAAAGCCCCUGGCAUCAUGCCACAUUAUCUGCAAGCCACUUGCAUGUUGAAGCUGCCCUUCUCCGUCGGGGAGCGGCCCCCGGGUCCAGGUUGCGUAACACGACGCCUGCUUCCGAAGCUGGGCUGGCAUCUGCCAAGGACGUAUAAGUCCUGGAGGACCGCAGAUGAAGGUUAUGCAAUACUACACAGUACAAAGGCAGCUCUUGACCGGUCAAGGCUUGAACCAACUCAUCCCAUCCGGAGACUUGCUUCAUUGCUGCCGUCCAAGGUUCAUAGUACCUACUCCCGAGUUAUGCGACGUCCUCUACGGAAGGCAGCACCAGGUGAAAUCCCCAACGCCAUCGUGGCUGCCGGCUGUCCUCGUUGUCUGUGACAUGCAUGCACCGCUUUCCGACCAGGUGAGGCAAUGACAGGCUUGGCCUACACGGCCUGUGGUGUCACUCCAGCCGCCCUGGUCGGUGUGCAACCUUCAUUGAACACCUCAAGCGCUGCUUGCAUUAAUAAGUCCGCCUGACUUGUGCGGCAUCAAGACUGUACUCAGAGCGGCCUGCUGCACAUGUCUCCAAUUCCCGCUCCAUGUUCUCACGACCCCGAACCCACCAGAUUUUAUCAAUGAGUGAGAGCACAGGAUCCCCUGCAAAGCUGUCCCCUGAGCUGCCGUCUGUCGAGGGACCUGGGCCUCACGACCGAUGUGAAAAUGUCCGUUGGUCGGGGUUGGUCGGGGUCCAACAGCUUCUCCGCAGCGCUUCGUCCCGUCCCGAGCAGCACCUUCAACACCGUGCCCCCACCUUCAACAGCCGACGAACCGACCCGCCCAAUACACAACAUACAUGAUCGUCCCCAUGAGCCACCUUCUUCCUGUCGCGCAAUGCCUCGUCAACUGAGCCCUGAGCCCGAGUCGCCCACAAGACACGGAGACGACAAUGGCCAAACAUUGCCGGGGCAGCCCUCUUCAAGAGCCGUGGAAGCGGGGCCCUUCUCCUUCUUCGACUUCCCGCCUGAGAUCCGCAACAUGAUCUACCACAUCUCGCUGCAGCGGCCUACCUGUGAAGACAUGUACCGCUGCUACUACAAGCAGAACGCCGCGCUACCCAAAAAUGAGAAGUGGGCCCGGCCACACUUGAAGACGCCGACGGUCCUGCUCCUGUGCAAGCGCAUCACGGACGAGAGCAUGCCCAUCCUCAGGGCUCGCUGGUUCAUCAUCGACCGGCUGCCCCCGUGCGCCCCACCCUUGCCAGACGGCGGAGGCGGGUUCAUGCGCCUGGCCAAUUUCAUCGGCCGCGAGACCCUGCAGCGGCUCGAGUACAUCGACCUACGAGUCGGGCUGGGCGAGGGGCCCCUCGGCAGCGGCUGGAUCUGGAACAGGAUGCUGGACGAGCUGCUGGCCAUCCUCAACGAGAAGAACGCGCUCGUGCACUUCCGCCUGCUCAUCCGGAGGUGCAACAAGGAGGAAAAUCCCUUUGUCUGGUUCACAGAAGACGCAGAGGAGUCUAGUAUCAGGAGAAAAAUCACUUACUUCAAAGUGAGCAACCCGAAUGCCUUCAAACCUUGCAAGAUUACCGAGGAGACGUGGCGCAUCGAUGGUCAGCUAGCCACCCUCGUUGACAUUCCUCCCAAGUGCACUCUUAAGCCGCCGUGCAGGUCUUAUCCCGAUCCCGAGCUGUUCCCUGGGUCGAUCAUGCAGUUUGUGCGCCCGUUGCCCGGGACCGCUUGGAGUGAUGAUGAUGAUGACGAGUAUGAUUGAUUGAAACGGGUAAGAUUCUUGCCCAGCGAGUUGACCCAGCUCAACCUCGACUGCUUCAUGGUACGGAAUUCCGCUGCAUUUGGCUGGAGGGCUGGUGGAACCAUGCACAAGAAAAGUCAUCCAAUACAGAAGAGACGGACAUAGGUAGAGUCCGCUUAGUAAUGAUAUUAAAGUCUUUGAACUCAUUGAUGAAUGUGUCCCAGUCUUGCCAACGCCAUGCAACUCCCCUCAUGAAUGUUCGGGAUUUUCAUGUCUCCCGGCCUGCAACGGCUGCUUCUGCAACACCCCCACGGUUGAACCAGCUCCCAAAGUCCAGCUUCAUCAAUAACCGAUCUAACCCGCCCACCCGCCGGGGCACGUACUGUCCCUCUUCCCUGAGGCCAGCGCCUCCAUCGCCGUCCUCGCCAGCAUCAUCGCUCCCCCAGGCCAGGCCCUCGUGAUCCGCCUCGAGGUUCCGCAGCACCGUGAUGACGCCUUCAAUCCCGGCCUUAGUCUUGUCCUCGACGGACUUGAUCCGGCCCUUGAUGUCGCGCUCUUCGCGCUCCAGGUCGACAAACGCGUCCACCACGCCCACGUCUUCCUCGAGAUCUAUGGCGUUCCAGAUCUCCUGCAUUCGGUGGACCAGAGCCACGAGUUGGUCCAUCUCGACGAGGAGGUUGUAAAGCGGGUCCGUGAAGUCCUGGUGGGUCAGCAGCAGCCGCCGGAUGAGGGUGGCCAGGUACAGCCGGUGCGCAGAAGCCAGCGUCUGGGGGUCGUGGGGGUGCUUGUCCUCCGCCACGUGGUCCCGUGCCCGCGGUGUCUUGACGCCUUCGGCAAGCCACAUGUCCUCGUCGUCGUCUUCGUCCAUCGCAUCCGGGUCAACCGGAGGGGCUGGCGUCGGCACGCGCGACGGCAUGCGCGACGGCCUCGUAGACUCUGGCGGCCGGUGCUCGUCACUACCUGUUGUGAGCCAUCUCUGAAAGCCCUCCCAUAGGCCUGCCACUACCUCGACCUGCAGGUACCCUUCGACCUCGGCGAGGAAGAAGAUCGCCGCGCUGCACGUGGUCCAUGUGCUGCGCAUGGCAAGCAUCCGACGGGCCUGUCGCUCUCGCAAAAGGAUCACUCGAGCCCGGCCGCCCUUGGUACUCCCCGAAGCCGGCGCAGGAGGCGGCGGGUGGUGCCUCCUGAGCGGUGUGAUCUUCCACAGGUCUGUGAGUCGGAGAUGUGCACGGCGGAUGGAGUGAAGGUAGGAGUUGAUAGCUGUGUAAGCCUGCACGUCCGACUGGCUGAGGAACAGGUCCAGUGGCGAGGGAACACUGACGGUGAGGGUGACAGGAACAGAGAACAUGAGAUUGCGGAAUGGGGUCGGCACUAUCUGGCUCGCUGGCCCCAGCCGCGCAGGGGUGGCCGAUUUUGGCUUCGCCAGAGUUAGCUUGAGAAGGCCCCUGGCCAUUUCGAGACCCUCGUCCUCUUCCACCUGGUGGCCCUGCAUUGAGCUCAUCGCGGCCCAAGUCCGGGCCAGGACCGCGAUGACUUCACCUUCCUUGACGACGACGCCGCUCAGGCCAUCGCGCUUCUCAUGGGCCAAACUGUCGGACCUCCGCCACCUGCUGCGAAUCUUCUCGUCUGCCUGCUGGGUGAGAGCCAUGGCGAACUCGCCACGUCCGAGGAGGAAGAAGUCCCGGAGAAGAUGGAGCAUCUCGAGGACCCUUGACAAUGGCAGGAGCAUCUGCAGGGUAUGUCGAGAGAGAAAAAGCCUUAUGCUUGUGAUUGUCCUUGAGAAGGUUGCACUGUCCAAGGGAUAUGUCAACUGGGAGAGCUCUCGGAGUUGCGACGAUAGGUGAUCCAUCCCCCGCAUGCCGCCCUCCAGGCUGCUCUUAGCCCUGAUAUGGUUCAGAGAACGGCCUAUAAAGAGCAUGGACGCGGCUGUCGGUGAGGUGACGAAUGAUGGGAGAAGGUCUGGGACAGAGACGAAGUCAUCCUCGCCAUCCGCCGGCAACUGGAUGAAGAAAUCCUCGGCGCCAAAUCCAGGGAGACGGCCGUAAAGAAUCCAAGCCGACACCUGCUUGACCCAGGCCGUCUCGGCGACCUGGACCAAGCUCCGGGCGGUCUCCUCGACAUCCGCAUACCCGGUCUGCAACUCGCCCCGUAGCCUGUUGAUGAUAGCCGCGCCAGUGCAGAAGGUCUCGGUGCCGUCUGAGCGCCUCUCGGCGGCGAGCAUGAACUGCACCGUCUCCCACAUCCACUCCAGCCUCCUAGUCCACCCGCUGAACUCGCCGACCACGGCCGUCAGCGGCACGAUGUUGUAGGCGCCGACCAGGCCAGCAUCCUUGCGCAGGAUGGUGUCCUCGACGUCCAGCACCUUGCGCUGGAAGGCGGCCAGGUGCAGGCUGCUGACGGCGGUGGCCACGGCGCGGCAUAUCAUGGACCGGUGCGAGGCGGCUAUCUGGGCACCGAAGCUGAGCAGCUUGACGUGCAGCUCGCUCAGGUGCGCGACAGAGCGCAGGAGCUCGCGCUCGGGCGGCGAGAUCAGGGCACUGGCGGGCGCAUCGGGGCCUGAGGCUUGGGCGGUUCGGAGCAGGGGCGAAGGGUGUCCUGAGAGGGAGAGCAGGAUUUCGUGGAGCAUCUUGGGGAGGCUGGACUCCUGGGCCUGGAGCGACGAGGUUGGUUACAUGUCAGCGAGGUGGUCGGGCGCGUGGGGCCGGUGGGAUUUGUGAAGUUCCCUGAGGAUCCCAAAGGGGGGGGGGUGUUUGUUUCCUGACCUUGCCCCAUCAGUGGCGCGUG